AUGGGAGGAGUCAAGAACAUUGAUAAGCAUGCAGAUGUUAGCACUUACUAAGUCAAUACCAAUCCGCAAACAGCAUUUGCAAUUCUUAACAGUAUGAUUGGAGGAACUAUUCUUUUGCUGCCAAUCUAUUUUAAUAAUGUCGGAUAUCUCUCUUCUUCAAUGGUUAUAUUUAUUACUGGAAUAAUGUGUUAUAAAGGCGCAGAUAUCUACAUUCAACAUCUCAAAAAGGACGAAUUUGAUUCUCAAGAAACAAUUCACAGAAUAUUAGGAAAAGGCUGGAGAAUCUUUUUUGUUAUAAUUUCAACAAUCAACAUGUUUUUUGGCUGUUUGGUUUACUAUGACUUUUCUAUCGAUAUGCUCUACAGCAUUAUUACUUUUGUAAUGAAGAAGAGUGGUUGUGAGUAAGGAAAUUAAUUUGAAGAACUUUCUAAGGUUUCAUAUGAUCGCUUUUCAGUUUAAUACUUAGCAUUUGCCAUGUUUCCUGUGUUUUUGUCUAUUUGUUUCCUUAGAAAUUUUAAAUUUCUUGUAAAAUUAGCAGAAUUGGGUGUAUAUUCUAUUUACAGCUAUAUAGUAUUUAUAAUCUAUAACUUUAUUACAAAUAUCACUUCAGAAACUUUGUAAUAAAAUACUGGUGAAAUCAAGCUUUUCACUUGGAACAUUGGUACUUUAGGAUGUACAGCUUCUUCUGCUUUCUCUACCCAUAAUAGCGUCUGCUAAAUUAUGAAAUGCAACAAAGAUUAGUCCAAAAACAGAUUUGUAAUUAAAAUGACUUACGUUGUUGGGGCUAUCAUUUAUUUAAUUAUCGGAAUUAUUGGAGCUUUAGGAGUUGUUGGAAGAAAAUCUCAAACAGGAUCUGAUGCUAUAAUUAUUAGUGAUUACUAUUCGGUUGAUGACUGGUAACCUUUAGUAGUCUAGAUAUUGUAUUUCAUUCAUUUAGUAAGUAUGAAUCCAAUAUUUUUCGAUAUCUGCCGUUAAAGAUUCUUUGAUAUAAUUUAUGAGAGUAGAGGUGGAUAGGCACCAAAAUGGGUCUUUGUUACUGUUAAUAUAUUUUACUGUUUAAUUUGUACUUUGGUUAAGAUUUUGCACAUCACUCCUGAUAUUAUCAUUAAUUUCAAUGGCGCUUUUAGUUCCUUUUUUAUCAUUUAUUUGAUUCCUUCUUUGUUGCAUCUCGCAUGUUAUCAUGGUAAAAAUAAGCUAUUAAGAGCCUUAAGGAGAAGUAUAAGAUCUGAGAGAGACAUAAAAGUUAAAGAUAUUUAAGAUAAGUUGAUUGUUAAUCAAAGUGAAUUUACUAACUAAAAUGAAGAUGAAGAGGAAGAGUAGCACAAAAAUUUGGCUCUUUUUAAAGCAAAUAGCUCUGGUUAAAAAUAAAGUGUAAUAAUAGAAGAAGAGGAUGAAAAUUUAUCAGAAAGAAAUAGCAUCAAUAGGAUGUAGAGGAACUCUAGUAUGAGAAAGUCAUGUAACGAUCAUGAAGAUGAAAUACAUAGUGUCAACAAGUAUGUCAGAUACUUUGUUUACAUAUUUAUUAUUAUAACUGGAAUGUCAAUUUUCUUUUAUGGAAUGUACUCUCUUUUUGAUUAGGCCAUAAAUUCUUGA